UGGAAUAGAACUGAAAUGCCCACAAAGAAAGCCAAAGAUGUUUAUCUUGCUCUAUGUUACAAGUUUUGCCAUUUGUGCCAGUGGACAGCCUCGGGGUAAUCAGUUCAAAGGAGAGAGCUACUCCCCAAGAUAUAUCUGUAGCAUCCCUGGCUUACCUGGACCUCCAGGACCCCCUGGAGCAAAUGGUUCCCCGGGGCCCCAUGGUCGGAUCGGCCUUCCAGGACGAGAUGGUAGAGACGGCAGGAAAGGAGAGAAAGGUGAAAAGGGGGCUGCAGGUUUGAGAGGUAAGACUGGACCACUGGGCCUUGCUGGAGAGAAAGGGGACCAAGGAGAGAUUGGGAAGAAAGGACCCAUGGGACCAGAGGGAGAAAAAGGAGAAGUGGGUCCAGUUGGGCCUCCUGGAGCAAAGGGGGACAGAGGAGAGCAAGGGGACCCAGGGCUGCCUGGAGUUUGUAGAUGUGGAAGCAUUGUACUCAAAUCUGCCUUUUCUGUUGGCAUCACGACCAGCUACCCAGAAGAAAGGCUACCAAUUAUAUUUAACAAGGUCCUCUUUAAUGAGGGAGAGCAUUACAACCCUGCAACAGGGAAGUUCAUCUGUGCCUUCCCAGGGAUCUAUUACUUUUCUUAUGAUAUCACAUUGGCAAAUAAGCAUCUGGCAAUCGGGCUGGUCCACAAUGGGCAGUACCGGAUAAAGACCUUCGACGCCAACACAGGGAACCAUGAUGUGGCUUCGGGGUCCACAGUCAUCUAUCUGCAGCCAGAAGAUGAAGUCUGGCUGGAGAUCUUCUUCACUGACCAGAAUGGCCUCUUCUCAGACCCAGGUUGGGCAGACAGCUUGUUCUCCGGAUUUCUCCUAUAUGUUGACACAGAUUAUCUAGAUUCCAUAUCAGAAGAUGAUGAGCUGUGAUCAGGACUCAUGUCCUGAAUGUUCCAAGAUUCUUGUGGCAGACACUUUGAUUUAAUCUGGGGCCCUAGACGGUGGAGCAAGCAGAAACAAGAUCCAAAGAGACUCCCACUCAGAUUCCAAAGCACUUACAGAGAAUUCUAGCAGCAUCUAUUAAAACAAGCUGAACCACCAAAUGGUUGAAACCACACCAAAAUGAAUUCUAUAAAACAAUAAGCCCAGAUAAGAAUCCUCUCGAAAGCGAUGUUCAUAAAUAUUUAAACAAAUUAAAGACAAUGUUAACAAAUUUUCUAUUAAACUCCCUGAGUGAUAAAAUCAGCUGGCAAUGAUAUUGUCUCAUUAAAUCUUCAUAAAGUUACAUUUUUGCUUGCUACU